AUGGGUGGUCCAGGACUAGGCCGGCCUAAUAGAGGCGAAGCCCGGUGCCCGAGCUGCGGGGCCGUCAUCCCUGAGAAACGCCGCGGUGGGAGGACCCCCGAGGAGGCGGAGCGAAAGCUGCACGGUGCGGCCGGCCAAGCUCUGAACCUGAGUAAGCCAGCCUGCGUGAGGGCACCACGAGGCCCCAGGCCCGGGCCUGGCCGGGGAUGGGGGGCCAGGCCCCUCCUAAAGCGGAGCCCGAGCCCCCGGAGGGCCAGGCCCGGCUCCUCUAGUUACCUUUCCGUCCGCCGCCGCGGAGCUGCCUGCGGCCCGAGCUCCGGGACUAAAGAGGCUCCAAAGACCCACGUCUCUCGAAAGGUUGUUGUGCAGUCCGGAUCCAAGCCAUGGUGUGAGCGGCGCUGUGCCUAA